CUCUAUCUUAUCCGCAUUAAAGCCUAUUUAUUCAACGCCACUAACAACAACUAUUCACGUGCAAUUGUCCAAGAUGUAUUCUCGCGACGACACUGUUAACGCCAUCCUACGAUUCUAUCAGCAAGUUAUCCGCCACCCGUAUUUAAACGAUAGUACACUAGUUCUACCCCCUCCAGGCGGUUGGCGUUCUGUUAACAUCCAAGGAAAAAAUAACACUGUCCUUGAUCUACUUCAUCAUCUCCCAUAUCUCCGUCCAGGGAAGCCAUACGAACGACUUCUUAUUUACUGGGAAACGGUUCCUAUAUGUUAUACGGACGAAUACGUCUAUCCUGAACUCUACCCCCUCCCAGCUCAAUGUGUCUACCUUGCCUGUAGCGUCGACCGAGAGGGCACGUCCUUAAUUCUCGACACUGACAAAGGUACCAUAACUGAAUUUUGUCACACCGGGACCUACAUUACAAUGCCUGAAGAAGAAUAUGAAGCGCUACCUGAAGAAGAGAAAUGGAAAGCCCAUCGCACGUCACCUAUCAGACGCUUUUUAGACGUUUGGACGCAACGAUACGAAAAACUAGUAUGGAUGCUAAUACCAAACCCAAUUGGUCAGCCAACCACGGGGAGGUUCUAUAGCCGCGCUGAUACAAGCGCCGAGCUAGAUGUACUGACCCUCGAAGAGCAAUCGAAGCCGUGGCAUCUUAAAGAUGACGUUGACCACCCGGAUUUUGAGUACGAGCUUGACAGGGCCCAGUACGAAUGGUACAAAAGUAUAAGAAAACACGUAGCAGAUGUGUAUGAUACGUAUCUUCGCCACGGAUGGCCUGAUCACUUUGACAAAGAUCGGUGUCGUAGCGAAUUGCUACAAUUAGAGGAGUUGCAUGACGCGGAAGAAAAACAAAAACUGGACAAAAUGAAUCCAGAUGCAGCAGAUCUUUCUGAUUGAGAGAUCAUAGCUUAGGGAUUCCAACCUCGUAUUGCAACGACGUGUAAGUCCUUUAUAUAUUUUAAUAUAAAUCUUUAGGGCAUCUCAUUAUAGAAGCCAUCCCAACCUCACUAUAUAAUUUUCUAAACGUCAUCGUAAGAAAUCAAGCCACAAUAACCG